GCACUAGGACCAUGCGCACCUAAGCAUGGCGUCUUUGCGAUCAGCAUUCACUCUGUCCUACUCGCCCCCUCUCCGUUGCUCUCUGGCAUCUUCUAACCUUCCUCUUACGUCAAAGGCGGCGACAUUGCCAAUGCGUGAAUCUAAGCCGCCAGAGGAUGCAUCUCCCAAUUCAGCUCUGCCUAAGCUCGCGCUCUCAUCUCCUAUGAACUCCUUCCACGUAUCCUUAUCCCCCUCUACAUCGGUCGAUAUCACUGCGGCAUACUCGCCGUCCCUUCUUUAUUCACCUUUCCAGCGUCCCCACGCACCGACGCCAGGCUCCGUCGAAAGCCGUCUAUUCGCGUACGCUCAUUCCGACGUUGACCACCACGAUGUUGAACACCGGACCGACUUCCUGACACCAGCUAUGUAUGACCGGUCUCUGUGUCGUCUGUCGACGAAUCACAGUCUCGAGGGCAUCUUACGGUCGCCAUCUUCCCCGUUCUGUAGGCCUCGUGCACCGACGCCUGGAUCUCUGGCGAGCAUCAGCCCGCAUUUCGAGAUGGAAGACACUCCCAGCUCCUUCCGCCGCUUAAUUUGGAUACAAUUCCACCCCUCUCGCUGUGAUGACUGUAGAGCAAUACAUAUUUUCUCUUGUUGUAGCCAGUGGUUCGAACGUGAAUGA